GGAGGAGGAGGAGGAAGAGGAAGGAGGAGGAGAAGAGGAAGGAGGAGAGGAGGGGACGCCUCCCCCUCAGCUCCCCGCAGGCCCAGCCAUGUCCGAGACCUACGAUUUCCUCUUCAAAUUCUUGGUGAUUGGAAGUGCUGGAACAGGGAAGUCCUGCCUCCUCCACCAGUUCAUAGAGAACAAAUUCAAGCAGGAUUCCAACCACACAAUAGGGGUGGAAUUUGGAUCAAAGGUUGUGAACGUUGGUGGCAAAACAGUCAAGCUGCAGAUCUGGGACACGGCUGGACAAGAGCGUUUUAGGUCGGUAACAAGAAGUUAUUACCGGGGUGCAGCCGGGGCGCUCCUGGUCUACGACAUCACCAGCAGAGAGACGUACAAUGCUUUGACCAACUGGCUGACGGACGCCCGGACUCUGGCCAGCCCCAACAUAGUCAUCAUUCUUUGCGGCAACAAGAAGGACCUGGAUGCUGACCGGGAAGUCACGUUUCUGGAAGCGUCUCGUUUUGCUCAGGAGAACGAGUUAAUGUUUCUCGAGACCAGCGCCUUGACCGGGGAGAAUGUAGAGGAAGCUUUCCUGAAAUGUGCACGGACCAUAUUGAACAAAAUUGAAUCAGGUGAACUUGACCCGGAGAGGAUGGGCUCAGGCAUCCAGUACGGGGACGCUUCCCUGCGACAGCUGCGGCAACCGCGAGGGACCCAAACACAGACCCGGCAGCAAUGCAACUGUUAGAGCCGGCGCCAGAGCAUGCCUGGAAAACUGCCUUGCAAGUGCUGGGACUCUGCCUGCUUUGGACCCAGAGCCGUACGAAGCACUGCCACCACCGCCUCCUCCUCUUCUGCUCCUCCCCGGGACGACCUGCCCCGUUGGCCUCCUCGCUCUCCCAAGCCUUCGCCCUCCAUCUCUGCGCUGCUGCUGCUGCCGCCGCCUCCUUCCUCCAUCUCCCUCCCCGGAAAGAAGCUUUGCAGGCGGGCAUCGUGCGGGAGGAGACUCUGGCGCCGGUUGGUUGCUUCUCCCUGGCACCGGCCGAGAGCCCCCCCCCACUCCUCCUGGCCACCCCCGUGACUCUUGGUGGCUUUGAGGUCAGUGGGCUCCGUGCUGAGGAGGAGGAGGAAGGGGAGCUACGAGAGAGUCCGAGAAGUGGGGUGUUGGUGUCACUUUGGAGAUAUUUAACUUGCCUUCCCCCCCCACCUCCCUCCAAGUGAAUUUUAACACCCCCCCCCCCGCCCUUUUGAGGAGAAUUCGGCCUGGUUGGAGGCGUUUUGCCGGGGCAGAGCGGGGCCCCGCCCCCUCUGCGAUUCCUUCAUAGGAAUAUUCUGCCUGGGGAGCCAAACCAGACAGACCCUCUUCCUGAGCAGCCUCUAUGGGGCUCCCCUCCCUGUGGGUGGGACCCAGCUUGAAUUUGCACGUCCGUGGGUGUGUAUUCCUCUCUCUGCUUCGUGCCCGUUGGAGGGGGCGCCUUCUGUUUCCCCCAAAGCCAUGGAUUCCUUUGCAGGCCCUCCCCUUGCCCUCCGGGGCUAGGUGGGGGGGGGCGCCCUUGACUGCACAACUCGCCUGUCCCCAUCACUUUGCGCGUGAGAAAUGUCCUUCCUUGGGGAUGUGUGUGUGUGUGUGUGUUUUGCACAAGCGUCGCUCUCUCCUCUGGAUGGCCUUUCCGUCGGUCUGAGCGAAGAGUCUGCAAAGAAUGAGCCAUAGCUUAUGUGUUCAGGAACAACCCCCCUUGCAAUGGGAAGCCAGCCGUGUGUGUGUGUGUGUGCGCCCCCUCCCCUCGCAGCUCCUACGACCCUCCCUUUGGGUUGUCGCCUGUGAGUGUUGCGAGAGGCUCCCGUGCUUCGAAACCUGUGACCAGGCACCGCUGCGAAAUGCUUGCGAGAUUUUCCGGCCCGGGAGCUGAAGGCGAGCCCCUUUCCUCUCCAGGAGCCCUCCCCUUUGACUCCCCCGCAAGGAGUUAUUUGGGUCGCCCCUCCAGCAGAGCCCCCCUUCCUGCAGCUUCAGAAAUAAACCCACUUCCCAAGCUCUUGUCCUCGAAACCCAGCAGAACUCUUGCACUUCCCAGGUCUCAGGCGGGAUUGGAUCUGGAAAAAUGCUUUAGGGUAGGCGGGUGUCUGUUGCCUUUUGCAAGAAGGCCUAGGAGCCGAGUAUCCCCCCCCCCCGUCUCUCUCCUUUGUAGUGUCGUGUGGUAGCCCACUUCAUGGGGGAUCCCUUCUCUGAAGACCUUUGCUUAUGCUGGCCUGGGACUUCCCAUCCCUCCUCUGCUGCUCCAGAGAGUCUUUCUCCGGUUGUCUCUCUUAACACCCUCGGGCGUUCUGAGUGUCAUGGCAGCCUCCAGGCCCACCAGCGCAGCCAGCUCUCGACCAAACCAAGCCAAACCCAGCAUGAUAACUGGGGAGCCGGGUCUGGGGGCCUGUGCACAGGCCUUGCCUCUGAGCAUGGCUGGAGUUCUGCCCCCUCUCCCUCUGCCUUGCCUUGCUUUACAGAUACCUGACAACGGGUGGGGGAGCCGUUCCUUCUGCUGGAGUAUCAGAGGCGCUUUGAGAGACACCCCCCCCCCCGGUUCCACAUCCCCUCCAUCAGCUGAGCAACUCAUUCAUUUUAAAAAGUCCCAAGAGGGGAGAAGGCAGGCAGGGGGGGAGGGUGUGCCAGUGAGAGAGAACUAGUUAGAAUUUUCUUUUGCCUUUUAUAAAUACCCGCCCCCAAAAGGUAUAAUGCUUAACUCUGUUAUUUAUUACUUCUGUGUUGGGGUGGAAGCACCCCGUUGCUUCCUGGGGGUCCCGUCCUCUUUCUGCCCCCAUCCCCAAAUGCUUCCACACAAACAAAUCUCUCUCUCCGUCUCCGAUUCCAGGUAGCCCUCCCUCACGGUUUGCCCUGAGGUGGGCAGGGAGGGGGACACUGGCAGUGGGGGUGGCCCCCCUCCUUUUAUCAAUCAACGGUUAUGAAAAAAAUAGUUUAUGGCCCAGAUGUGCCGGUUGAUUUCUCUCCAAUUGCAAACAUUCCCUCCAGUUUAAGGCUGUGAAACUUGAUUUCUCCUACAUAAAAUGUUCUUUCGUUUUGUUUCCUUUUUCCAAAAUU